GUAGAGUUUUAAUGUUGGUAAAAUUGUUUCGUAGAAGAUAUUCUAUUUAAGAUUCGUUUUAAGAUAUUAUUUUAAAAUAUUUUUCAUACACGUUCAUACUUAUGUUUUGUUUCAAAGAUUCUAAAGAUGACCGUAACUUUUCAGUGAUAUAUUCAGACUUUAAAUAUCAAUAAGCAUUAUGGAAACAUUAUUACCGUCGGAAAUAGCUCGAUUAGUACUCGGAUACCUUGAAAAUGAAAAAUGUAUAGAAGCUGCUAAAAUGUUUUUAGAAACCUGUCCACAUUUACAAGAAUGUCGUACUGUAAUUUCAAAUGGAAGACGAUUUAGUACAAAAGUUAAUGGAAUGACUUUGAUAGAUAUUAUUGAAAAAUUUUUUACUAUUAAUUCAACAGUUCAUGAAUAUCUAAGCAAAAUUGUUGAUUAUGAGCAUUUAAAGCAAUGUGGAGAUCUACUUAAUGAGUUGAAAUUACUGACUGGUGAAAAUUAUGGACAUUUUCCUUUUAAUAUUAAUAUUCUUUCACAGGCUAAUUCUCAGAUAUGUAAUGGCUCUCCAAUAAUAUCUAGUAGCACUCGUAAAAGACAUCAUAAUAAUAGUGAUCGUGAACGAUGUAAACGUACGAAAGUAACAUUAAAUGUAUCACAACCUGAUUCACCCUCUGCUCAAGCAUCUAAUUUUGAUAGUGUAGAAGCAACUCCAUUGGAAAGUUUACCAGGUCAUAUGGACAUAUUUGAACAUUCCAAAUCUAAUAUUAAUAUUAAAGAAAAGAAACAUAGUAAUUCUUUGCAACAUCAAGGUAGUGAUAAAAAUAUUCAUAUAGAAGAUGUUACAAAUAAUACACAAACAGAAAACAAUUCGAAAAACUUGUACUCACUUGAUAAGUGUACUGCAGCAACAAGUACGGAAGAAUUAAUGAGUUACUCGUGUGUAGAAGUUCAGACUACUCCAUAUGAUACACCAGAAUCCGAAUCGGAGAGUAAUGAUGAACCAAUAGAAAAUCUAAGUCUGUUAACAAAAGAGCUUUUGAAUCGUACAGAAUUACAAGAGAGAAUUGCUGAGAAUAUUAACAAAGCAAUACUUCCAACAGAUACAUCAUUAAAAGAUGAAAGUUUAAAUGAUUCCAUGAAUGGUGAAGCAAAUACUUCUAUUAUGAUAGAAUUAAAUAAUGCAAUUAAAUCAAUAGUAGAGGCAACAGAAUCUGAUCCUGUAUUUGAAAAAUUUCUUGAAGAAAUCAUUGGGCCACAUAUGGAAACUGAUACAAGUCCUGAUGAAGAUACUGAAACUAAAUCAAAAACAAGAAUUCUUAAUGAAUUACAAGAAAAACAAAGUGAAGUGAUUUCAAACAAUAAUAAUUCAUUAGAAUCUAUAAUAUUAGAUGCUAAAUCAUCCACUGAAUUAAAUGCAGCAGAUGUUCCAUUAAAGCAUAGACUUCGUAGUUCUUUUAAACAACAAAAUACUCGAAACGAAGAUGAAUGUGAUCAGGAAAAAGAAUACGGUAUAUUAGAAGAUCAAAAUGCUGCUGCAAUAUCAAGUAUAAUAAAUGCAAAUAUUAUUAACAAAAAAUCGAUAAACGAUAAGAAAAUUGUAGAUACAACAAAAGAAAUUGUAUGUUUGCUAAAUAAUGACAGUGAAAAAGAAUUGCCAAUAUUUGAAGUUCCACUUAAUAAAGAUACAGAAAAAAUUGAAAAAUUAAUAACUAAUGAUGUUCAAAAAGAUGAUACUAAUGUUGUUAUUCAAAAUAAUGAUAUGGAAUCAAAGAUGAAAAAAUCAUCGGUAAAGCGAUUGCGACUUACUACAAAGCUUAAACAACAAAAACCGGAAAAUAACAUAAACAAUUAUACAGCUGAACAAGAUGUAAUGAUAAUGCCAACGUUAAUAAUGUGUUCUAAAGAAGAAAUAAGCAAUAUAUUGUCGACAAAUUCUUAUCCAUCUACUCGUCCUAUAACAUCUAGUACAAAUUCACGAUUCAUUCCUAUUAUUCCUAAAGAACCCAUGACUAAUAAAAUGGGUAAAGAUUUCGUAGAAACACUGUAUCUAAGAGCCGUAAAUGUUGCUCAAAGAGUAACAUCACCACAUACGCACACACUUUUUAAUACGUCAAACGAUUUAAAAAAUUUAAUUUCUUGUACGAUAACUAUGACAACUACAACGACAACAAUGACGACGACGAUGACGACUACAACGACGACGACGACGACAACGACAACGACAACGACCACAACAAAGGUGACAAUGACAUCGACAACAACAACAAUGACAACAUCGAUGCAAAUAUGUCAAAAAGAAGAUAAUAACAAAAUAAAUAGCAGUAAAGAAAUAACCCGAUCCAUAGAUAAUAUUAAUAAUUCUGUAAAUAAUUCAAUUACAAGUCCUAUAUCAUUAAAUAAUGCCAAACCAAUCGCUGGAGAAUUAAUAACAUUAUAUGGUAAUGAAACUAGUACAAAAACAUUACUAGAUAGUUCAAAUAUGCCUACAAUUAAUAUAGAAGAUAAUGUUAAUUUAUCAGGUUCUGGAUUAUCUCCGUACAUUAAAUUCAAUUGUAAUAAGAGUAAUCAAAAUCAAAACUUAUCAGAUAUUGAUUUAACACCUAUCAUUCAAAAUUCAAAAGUUGUUGUUCCUUUAAAGACGAAUAAUAUUGUUAAUGAUCGACAUCUUUCAACUUCCAAAAGUAUUGAUUGCGAUAUCAUUAAUAAACGCACUCCAAAAUCAUUAUUAAGAAGUAGAUCGAAAAAUUAUAGAUUAAGUUUAUCAACACCUAGAAGGAGGAAUAGUCAUAUAAGAGCUCUCGAUUUUAAUACGCCUAUAAAGACAACAAACAUAUCCGAUAAAAUAAUCAACGAAAAUAAUAGUGCACAUUUUUCAUCAGGAUCCGCGAAAAUUGUUACAUCUGUAUGUAGAAAUUCUCUUUUUAAAUCUCCGCCACUUACUAAUACUGCUAUAUCUACGCACAAAAUUAAAACUCCGUUAAAACUUUGUCGGCCUUGCAAACUUCCAAUAGCAUCAAGAAGCCCAAUACCAAAACUUAUGGGUGAUUGGGAAAAAUAUAACGGACUUGGAAUAAUUAUAGGCGAUGUUUCUUCACAUUCAAGCAUUAAUGUUUCUUCUGAAAACAAAGUUAUAAAAACUCAAUCUAAAUCGUUGAAACUUACAAAAGAUACGUGGGACGCAGAUUUGCGAAAAGCUUUACACAUUGCCGUUGAUGAAGAUAAUCAAAAAACGAAAAUAUCUACCACUGACAAGAAAACAAAUCGUUCAAAAAUUACUAAAUCAAAUGUCGUUAUCUCGUCAACAAAGAAGAAUAAAUGCAACCUGCGCACAUCGAAAAAUAAAAAUAUUGUACCAGAAGAAAAUAAAAAGAAUGCGCAAAAUGCAAGGAAUAAAUGUAUUGUAGAAAAAUGGAAUGCGGCGGAAUCCACGAUCACGAAAAGCAUAGAUUGUAAUGAAUCUAAAACGGAUAAAGAUUUCUUAGCUACUCACAUUAAUCAUAAUUUGGCAGUAAAUAAUUUUUCUAAUAUGAAAAAAGACGAUGUUAAUGUACAAAUUUGUACAAUAAAUAAAGAUAAAGCGAUUAUUGAACAAAAAAAUAUCGAUCAUCAAUUGUCUCUAGCAAAGAACAAUUAUUCAUAUGAUAAUGCGACAACAAAUGAUAAUUUAUUAUUGAAAAAAAAAAUGUAAAAAAAUAUGCUCAAUUAAAAACGUUACAGACUAAUUUGAAUAAAUGUAGCCGAAGUGCUAAAAAAUCACAUUUAGAAAAAGAUACAAUUUCCAUGGAUACUACAGAACGUUCAGAAUUCACAAAAACUUCUGUAGAUAUCACACAACAAUUAUUACAAGUACCUAAUUUAAUCGAUCACGAAACACCGAGAAAAUUAAAUAAUUCUUCUGGUGUUCCACCGACACCAAGAUUGCUCAGUCCAAGCAGCAAUACAACACCGUUUAUCAAAUCUAGCGAAGAUACUGGUAAGAUGUGUAGUUUCAUAAAUA